AAGAAGCGGCGGCGGCAGCUCCUCUUCGCAGAGGGGGAAAACUCCGAGGGAUAAGAGCAGGAAUAAUGCGGUAGGCAAGGCGGGCUGCUCGCUCCCGGCUCCCGGCUCCGGCAGCAGCAGCGGCAGCCCGAGCAGCGGCAGCAGCAGCGGCAGCACCCCCAGCAGCUGACAGCCCCGCCGGCAGGCUCCCUCGCUGACCGCCGACUGUCAAUGGAGCUGGAAAACAUCGUGGCCAACACGGUCUUGCUGAAAGCCAGGGAAGGGGGUGGAGGAAAGCGCAAGGGGAAAAGCAAGAAGUGGAAGGAAAUCCUGAAGUUUCCUCACAUCAGCCAGUGUGAAGACCUCCGAAGGACCAUAGACAGAGAUUACUGCAGUUUAUGUGACAAGCAGCCAAUUGGGAGGCUGCUUUUCCGGCAGUUCUGCGAAACCAGGCCCGGGCUGGAGUGUUACAUUCAGUUCCUGGACUCAGUGGCAGAAUAUGAAGUUACUCCAGAUGAAAAACUGGGGGAGAAAGGGAAGGAAAUUAUGACCAAGUACCUCACCCCAAAGUCCCCAGUCUUCAUAGCCCAAGUUGGCCAGGACCUGGUCUCCCAGACGGAGGAGAGGCUCCUACAGAGGCCCUGCAAGGAAGUCUUUUCUGCCUGUGCACAGUCUGUCCACGACUACCUGAAGGGCGAACCAUUCCAUGAGUAUCUGGACAGCAUGUAUUUUGAUCGCUUUCUCCAGUGGAAGUGGUUGGAAAGGCAACCGGUGACCAAGAACACUUUCCGGCAGUACCGAGUGCUGGGAAAAGGGGGCUUUGGGGAGGUCUGUGCCUGCCAGGUCCGGGCCACGGGUAAAAUGUAUGCCUGCAAGCGCUUGGAGAAGAAGAGGAUCAAAAAGAGGAAAGGGGAGUCCAUGGCACUCAACGAGAAGCAGAUCCUAGAGAAGGUCAACAGCCAGUUUGUGGUCAACCUGGCCUAUGCCUACGAGACCAAGGACGCGCUGUGCUUGGUUCUGACCAUCAUGAACGGGGGUGACCUGAAGUUCCACAUCUACAACAUGGGCAACCCUGGCUUCGAGGAGGAGCGAGCCUUGUUUUACGCGGCAGAAAUCCUCUGUGGCUUGGAAGACCUCCACCGGGAGGACACCGUGUACAGAGAUUUGAAACCCGAAAAUAUCCUGCUAGAUGAUUAUGGCCACAUUCGGAUUUCAGACCUGGGUCUGGCUGUGAAGAUUCCCGACGGAGACCUGAUCCGCGGCCGGGUGGGCACCGUGGGCUACAUGGCCCCAGAGGUCCUGAACAACCAGAGAUACGGCCUGAGCCCUGACUACUGGGGUCUGGGCUGCCUCAUCUAUGAGAUGAUCGAGGGCCAGUCGCCAUUCCGGGGCCGCAAAGAGAAGGUGAAGCGGGAGGAAGUGGACCGCCGCGUCCUGGAGACGGAGGAGGUGUACUCUUCAAAGUUCUCUGAGGAGGCCAAGUCCAUCUGCAAAAUGCUGCUCACCAAAGAUGCAAAACAGAGACUGGGCUGCCAGGAGGAGGGGGCUGCUGAGGUCAAGAGACACCCCUUCUUCAGGAACAUGAACUUCAAGCGCUUAGAAGCCGGGAUGUUGGACCCUCCCUUCAUUCCAGAUCCCCGUGCCGUCUACUGCAAGGACGUGCUAGACAUCGAGCAGUUCUCCACCGUGAAGGGCGUCAACCUGGACCACACGGACGACGAUUUCUACUCCAAGUUCUCCACGGGCUCCGUGCCCAUCCCGUGGCAGAGUGAGAUGAUAGAAACCGAGUGCUUUAAGGAGCUGAACGUGUUUGGACCUAACGGUACCCUCUCGCCGGACCUGAAUAGGAGUCACCCUCCAGAAUCGCCAAAGAAAGGGCUGCUCCAGAGGAUCUUCAAGCGUCAGCAUCAAAACAAUUCCAAGAGUUCACCCAACCCCAAGACCAGUUUUAACCACCACAUGAAUUCAAACCACGUCAGUUCAAACUCCACGGGAAGCAGCUAGUUAGCACUCUGGCCUUGGAGUCCACGGUGGGACCAGCCCUAGACCCUUGUCCUUAGAAACAGAACUUACGGACAGGGGAGCCCUCCAGGAGCCGGGGACGGAGGCCGCUCACCCCCUCGACGCAGAGCCUCCAGGUUUCUCAAAGAGAUUUCCACUCAGGUCUGUCUCCAGAGGUGGCCCUCAAGCCGAGGUGGAACAUUGCAAUAGAAAUCCAAUUGGAUACGACGACUUGCACGUAUUUUAAUAGCGUCAUACCUAGAACUGAAUUUUGUCUUUAUUAUUUUUAAAGAAAAGUUUUGUAAAUUUCUCUAUUGUCUCAGUUUACAUUUUGUAUAUUUGUAUUUAAAUGAAAGUCAGACUUUGAGGGUGUAUAUUUUCUGUGCAGCCACUGUUAAGCCAUGUGUUUUAAGACAUUUUAGAGUGGGGGGGUGGGGGUGGGGAUUUACAACACAAAAAAUGUGACCCAAGACUUCCAGAGCCUCAAAUGAGAAAAUGUCUUUAUUAAAUGUAGAAAAGGACUCACAUUUCACCUUUAAAGGAUCAGUUGUAUCCAUCUCUGUGACCUUUCCCUCACAUUGAUGUCACCGUGCUUGUGGCUGGUAACAAUCCGAAUUAAGUGCUCGAGACACAAUUGGGACUUCGCCCCCCAGUCAGAAUGUCCUCUGUGGGGUCUCCGGGGUCACCCGGGGCAGAUGUGCACCUUUCCUUCAGAGGCACACGAUGCCAGUGUUGCUUCCGCCUUGGCCUUCUCUUCCUUCUGGAACGUGGCCGGUACGCAGAACUGGGUCUCUUUCUUUCUCAGCAGGUUCUGACUGCUGAAACCGGUAUGCUUGAAGAGGCUUGCCUUUGGGGACUUUUGUUUUAUUCUAUUUUUAAGAGAAGCAUAGCGGUGAUAAGGUGUAGUCAUGGAACCCCAACUAUCCCAAAUCCUCACGGCCCAAGAAGCAUCAGGGAGUGAGGGUCAAUGGAAUCAUCCUGAAUGAGUCCCUGGAGGGGGAGGGAGGCUUGCCCAGGGACUCCUGGCACAUUCCUUAAGCGUUUACGGGACCACAGGGUCUGGAGAGCUUCCCAAGGCCCCACAGAUUCACCGGCCCAGGCGGCAUGGAUGGAGUUCGCUCUCUAAGCAAAUGGGAUGCUCUAGGGGAGGGCCGGGACCCAAAGAGGCUCAAGGCCACUGUCCCUUCCUGGGAGGAGUGGGACAAAGGCAAGAUGUAACGGGGCAUCUCAAAACUUCAGGCACAAAUAGCCCUCAGGAGGACUUGGUGGCUUUGCCAGACCAGGGUCUUCUGAAGGCAGUGUCCAGGCCCUCUGAGCACAGCCGUCCAGCAGCAAGGAGCCACCGGCCCCCUCCUGUUGCCUCCACAAGGUGACAAGAAGCAAAUCCACCCUCGCCUCCCCCCCACCCCACUCCAGAAUAGGGUGAGUGGUUGACAGCCCUGCUCCCCUGCCUGGCUGCGUCUCCGGCGGCUGAGCCAGCCUCCUCCUUCUGACGGCAGCCGCCUGGCAGUCGCCAGGAUGUCGCCCAGUGUGGAGCCUGCACUUCUGUCAUCGGCAUCUCCCAUCAACAUGCAGAUUCCCGGGCUCCACCCCAAGCCUGUGGGAUGGGAUGCUUUAGAAGCAGGGCCCCAGAAUCUGCAUCUAAAGAAGUUCUCCAGAACAUUCUGACGCACCCUCAAGGAAGGGCACGUGAGCCUUGGCUGCAGUGGGGCUUUGGAUGUGACCCAAAACGAUUUCUUUAGGUGACGCGGGCCGUGCGAAGCAUGAGCUUUUAGGGAGGAGACAGUGGCGGGGCACGGCAGCCUCAUGCCCCACGCCCGUGCUCUUGCCCCCAAACUGGAGCACGCCGCUGGAGAGGGGCUGCCUUCGGGACGGGUCAUUUUAGGGCGUGUGACCGAUAAGUGGGAGAGAAGCAACCGGUGGGCUUCCCUCGGGUCCUCUAAUGCGCAGUAUUUUCUUCAAGACCGGCUCUCGCCUCACGAGGCUGCUUCUGUUACUUUCCUGGGCUGCAUACAAGACAAGUACAAACAGCCAUACUCCGUUUCUGCCAAGGAAGUGGAAAGCCCCCUGGCCAGUAUUUUAAGAGCCUCAAGAUCUUGCUGACCCUCCUUUCUUAAUGGAAAGGACAGUCAUCUUCCUGGGACCAUCACCAGCCCGCGCACCCACUCUCCUUCCUUCCUUGUGCCCUGUUCACAGCAACUCAGUGCUUCCCGGUGACCCGUGUAGAGAAGCCAUCUCUUAAUUCCUCAAAGCCCCACACUGGCCAUUUGUAGGACCAGAAUCGUCAAGAAACAAGAGGGAAAACAUCCAUCGCUGUGUGUUUCUGCAUCGUGGGAGCUCAGACAAUACGCACAGGCCUUUGUGGGACUCUUAAAACGACUGGAGUCUUCCUUCUCGUUCGCUGCCUGUCCCCACCCAGUGCCCAUAGGACGUGGGGCCAGAGUCACCCGCCUUCCUGAUCAUCCUGUUCCUACUGCCCAUUGUUUCCUGUGAGAGAAGGGAAGUCCGUUUCAAACAAUGCCUGAAAAUCAGCCCUCCUUUCCACCAAGUCCAACAAGUAGGUCCUGCCCCCCACCCUCUCCCUAGCUUCUACUCCGACUUUUCUGUAGCUGCAUUUUUAAAAGGCAUUUUUAAAUUAAGGAGGGGGAACCCACUUUCGCACCCAUCCACUUAUCUGGGAUGAGGCGUAUUUGGGCAGUGAAUGAAUUUAAUUUUUUUUUUAAACUGCAUUUGAGCUCUGCAUAGAAGGGCCUCUCUUUCUCCAAGCAUGACAUUUUUCUCACUGGACGCUCGCCGACCUCGUGCCUUUGAGGUGAGACGCAGGGCCUCGUAGAAGCAUCUCUGCUUCUACUUUUCCGGAGACAAGCUGCUGCCCCCAGUGGGACGGGGUGGUCUCCGCCAUGAGCACCACCACCAAGUGUCUAUCGAGCCCCCAGGGGGGCUCCCAUAAUAUCGCCCAUAACCACACACACGCCUGACCCCUGCCUUCACAGAGGACGGCACCCUCCCCCGCCCCCCAAACGCACCACUCACUUUCUACUCUUUCUAGGCCGGGAACAUCACUUUUUAAGCCAUGAGGUCUUGAGGUCACUUGCACCGUUGCUAAGUGUUGCCGUGUCUGGAGCAGCCCCAGGCUUAUUUCCUGAAAUGCACUGUUCUUAGAGACUGGGGCUCCGAGGGGCAGGCAGCAGGGAGGCCGGCUGGGUGGAAGAGAGCAGGGUACCUUGGCUUGCACCCUUGACAUGCACCGCUGCAAAGAAUGGUGGUGAGUUCUGGGGACUCGUGUGGAUGCCACCUUGGCCUCGAAGGCACAGCAGCAUGCGGCCGCUUGCCCUUGAGCCUGGCAAGUCCCGACAAUGCUGAGGGCAUGCCCUCUGAGAAGCCAGGCUCUCCACGCCCGCUGUCGAAGCUCCUCAUUCUUCCACACCCCUGUCCUUUCCCGAAAGGUUCAGGGUGUCAGUUUCCCACGGACUCGACUGAGCUACUGACCCAGACCUCAAUUCGGAGGGAACACAGCCGCCUCCUUGCACCUGGCGUCCAGGCCUUGCCAGAGGAAACAGGAGCCUCACAGACAAGCAGAAGCCCACCGAGAUGAAGUGCCACCCGCGUGACAUCAGCUCUCCUCUUGGGCUGCUGUGGACUCCCCCGUCCGUGUGAGCACCUGCGUCCUUCCAAGGGCAACCUCGCCCGGUGUCCCCUGGCCUCAUAACCCCACCCUCUGACACAGGACCUCCUAAACUUUACAGCCUUUGUUCCGAAGAAGGAGUGUGAAACCUCCGUGCAUUUUGAAGGCACAGGGCUGAGACGUGACCAGCAGGGAACUCGCUUUCUGUCACAACGGACCAGUGAAGCCUCGUCCCCGAGGCCCCUUCCCCUUCCCCCGGACCCCACCCCACGGGCUUUCACAACCAACCCGUCCAGCUGUCAAAGCCCAGAGGGGGCGGGUCAGAGCCUGCCCGGGUGCAGGGCAGGGUUCUCGGCUGGUCUUAUGCUGGGGACGGUGGUUAAAACAUUUGGAAACUUAGCUCUCCCCAGGACGGAAAGACGCUUCCUCAAAGAAUCUAGAUUAUCGUUCCCCAGUCCAUCAAGACGUCAUUUUUGUAAUAGAUCAAAAGCAAAUGUUCUCGAUUAGAAGAGCUUAGUGGCUGUUGGUAGCGUUAAAAUAAAUAAUCCUUCUAGCAUCCAAAGGUUUCUAUUUUUUUUUUUCAGGGAAAUUUAAACUUUGAUGGUGAAUGAAAAUAGUUCCCUUUUGGAGGUCAUUCCUGAAGAUAACGGCUUUUGUUCUGUUCUGAAUCUUUGUCCGUUCCGUCUCCUAUGUCACUGUGCUGCUGUAUCUAGAUCAAACCACUGUUGUUUUUUUAAGAGAAAUAAAUUCCUUAAUGAAAA